AUUACAUACUUCAAUAAUCGGCAUAAUUGAAAUUGACAUUCUGUGUCUCAAAAUGUGUUUUUUUUCGUGCGCUAUCUGAAUGAAAUUUCAACAUUAUUUACCUAAAAACAUCUUCCAGAGAGCUCCAAAUUAUUAUCAUUUUUCUGAAUUUUCUUAGUACGACAUGAACAAGAGCAAGCAUGAAAUAAGGCUUGCAUGAUAAAAGGAAAACACGUUCAAAGAAUUUUUAGGCUUUUUUCUAGAAACUCAUUACAUUUAAUUUUAAUAAGUGUUCGCUCUACUUAAUGUUUCUAACAAAUUUGAUGUUAUGCAAAGUUGGCUCUGCGUCAUAUCACUGAUAGGCCUCAUUAAUUCAUGAUAUAUCGAUUUGUUUUGGCCCCCAUAUCUCACAUUGCACACUUUUGAGGCUGAAUCAAAUGAAUGAAUUGCAAUUUUAACCAUACAAAAUUCGUGACUCAUUUUUAUUUAGUGAGCGCAUAAAAUAAAUCUAGAAUGGAAUUUUAAAGGAUGAUGAAACACAACACUUUCAGCAGUAGUCACCAAAUAACGCACUUUAUAUUUUGUGCGAUGUCAUUCCUCCCACAAAAAACUCUUCCGCUUAAAUUAAUAGCCGAGGUGAAGCCACUGAAGAGGAUCACUCUGCGCAGAGGCAAAGAGGCGAAAGGAUCGAAGGAGCAGUAAAUAAGCAGGGCAGAAUAAAGGGAAAAAGGAAAAUAAGCGAUGGGACUAUUCUCGAAUGGAAAGUGCACCUCAACGGCCAGCUUGGUUGGCAAAACCGCCGUCAUUACCGGCGCUAACACAGGCAUCGGCUAUGAAACGGCCAAGGAUUUCGUCAAAAGAGGUGCCAAAGUUAUCAUGGCAAACAGAAACGUGGAACUUUCGGAAAAAGCGGCGAUGAAACUGCGCGAAGAAGUGCCCAAUUGUGACGUGCGCGUUGUCCAACUCAACUUGGCCUCGCUUAAUUCGGUGAAAAAAUGCGCCGAGGAAUUAUUAAAAAGCGAACCCAAAAUCAAUCUGCUCAUCAACAAUGCCGGUGUGAUGAUGUGUCCGUACUUGACUACAGAGGACGGAUUCGAGAUGCAAUUCCAGACUAAUCACUUGGGACACUUUUUAUUCACAUCGCUUCUGUUGCCACGAAUUAAGGAAAGCGCUCCAGCGAGAAUCGUCAACGUUUCUAGCACUGCUCACUUAAUUGGCAAGGUGAACUUUGAAGACUUGCAGUCGGAAAAAUCGUACAGUCCAAUAAAAGCUUACGGACAGAGCAAACUGUGCAACAUUCUCUUCACGUCCGAGUUAACCGAAAGACUUAAAGGAACCGGAGUCGUUGCGUACGCUGUGCACCCCGGCGUGGUUUCAACGGAGUUGGGGCGACAUUUGGAGGGUGGUCAAUCGUGGUUGUUGCGCAAUCUGGACUGGGCCAAGAAAACCCCCGUCGAAGGCGCCCAGACCACCCUUCACUGCGCCCUUGACGAGCGUUUGGCCAUUCAAUCGGAGAUCUACUUCAGCGAUUGCAAGCCUGGAAUGAUGAGCUGCAGCGCAAGUAAUAAAGCUGACGCUCGGAAGUUGUGGGAAGUCAGCGAGGCUUUGAUUAACCAGGCCCUUGAUUGUGUCCGUCAUUAAUCGUUAUUUUUUAAAACUGAUUUUGUCCAAGUUUUGCCUCUAGUUUCUUCUAAUAUUAUCUUUCUUUUAUAAAAAAAAAAAUUAUUUUUUUCUGUUGCAUUUUGUAUUUUCAACAAUUAAAAAAAAUUUGCAAAGUCCAUUGAAAAAUUCAUAAUUAUUGUGUGCAAUUGUGUAGAAUUUAUCCCAAAUUAAUUUAUACCUAACUAUUUAUAAUAUAAUUGGACAUAAAAACACUAAAAUGAUUUAAUUUUUUGCUCAGCAACUGUUAUGAACCAUCAAUGACUACAGGAUUUUGUCAGAUGAAUGCAAAAAUUGAUUUAAUCAAGCGACAAGUCAUGAAAAAAGAUUAAUUUCAACAAGUUUCCUAAAUUGUUAACAAUUGUUAAGAACAAUAGCUUAUAAUUAGAAUUAAAUAGGAGGAUUAAAUGUAUUAAAUACCUAAUAAAUUUCAAUUUUUUUCCAUUAUAUGAUGUGUGUUUUGAAAAAUUUAAAAAUAACUUGCUGUUGCCUCUUU